AUGUCUUCCUCUAAUGAAACCGCCAUGACCCUUCCACAAUCGGAGCCCCCUGCUUCACAAACCACACCUGAAACUACCACAAACACCAACAGCACCACUAAUAACAACAGCAACACUAACACCAUCACCACCCAGGAAGAGAUCGAUCACCACAACACUGCCACCACCACCACCAACAAAGAGGUCGAGACGCCCCAUCAUGGUGAUAACAGUGCAGGCCCUGAUGCACAACCCACAACAGAUAAAAGUGAAGGCCAGGGCACGUGCUCUGGAAUUUGGGGAUGGCUAAUUCCAAGAAAAAGGGAGACGAAUGGCAAACCGACCACGACGAAGGCAGAGGACAACGACAAUAGUGGAACCUACAACAAAAUGACGCAUUCUGUACGCGUUCAGAAGUUACAGGAAAAGCUCAAACAAGUCAAACAGGAAUUAAAAGCACUACAAGAUAAGCGUGAUAGUGAACUACAGAAACUCAGUGACAAACUGGAGGUAGAACAAAAAAAGGACGAUCUCAAUAUUGCAAGCGGAACACUUGAUGAUAUCAACAAGGAAAUUAUGAAGUUUAAGCAUAUUUCAGCGCCAGACAGACUGUCCAAGAAAUUAAGUCCGAGUGCUGCUCAUUUACAGCAAAGCAAGGCUUCUAAUGGUCACAGUAAAGAGCAUGAGUUGGUUAACAUACACCAGAAUCAAAGCUUCCGCAAUAGCUCAUUUUACAAUGAAAUUGCGGAAAUUUUUAAAGGGCUUGAUAAACGAGAGCAGUUCUUUUUGUCAUGCUUUACUGUUUUCCCAGAAAAUGCAGUGGUGAACAGGAGGAUCUUUGUAUAUUGGGGUGUGGGAGAAGAAAUCUUGGACGAAUUAGAAAAAAACAUGCCUGAGGAAAUGGUUGACAAAAUUCUUGAAGAAUUUCAAGAGAAGGGCUUAAUCGAGCCUGCUAUACAAAAGCGCAAGCGGCAAGUUAAAAGCUAUAAAAUGCAUCCUCUUGUGCGUUCAGCUGUGGCUGUGCUUUCCCAGGAAGCGGUUUCCCAGGAAGAUGGUUCCUCGAAAGACGGUUCCCCGAAAACUGGCUACCAGAAAACUGGUUCCCAGAGAGGUGACGCACAGAAAUUAAGUCCGACUGCUAGAAAUUUUUUUGAUUAUGAUUCUAACGGUAAUGUGCUUCCCCAGAGAGAUUGGACUUCUGGUUUGGAUUCUAAUGAGAAAAUGGUGGUGGAUGACGAAGUCCGACGCUCUAAGAGGUUGUGUUUGCAAAAAGUUAAUGAGCAGGAUCAGUUAUUAAACAGAAAAACAAAGGGAAGUCCAAUUUCAGAAACAGAUCUAGAAAGACUCGUUACAAUAUUCAAUGUUAGUGAGCCUUUUCCUGAUCUCGAAUUGGCAUGUUUAGUGAAGAUGAAAGAUUCAGUUAAAAAGCAAAGUCAAACUGCGUUGGAGAUGAAAGAGCCACGCGCGGUAGACUGGUUAUCGAAGAUGAAAGGUGCCCAAGUUAUUUGUCUGGGAAGCUGGCCGGGAUCAACUAAAUCUCAUAUUGAAGUCGAGAGCAUUGAAUUCUUAGAAGGGUUGGCGAAUAGCAAAAAUUUAAGGUUUCUUAGCCUUCAAGGAGUCUCUAGAAUUAAUAAGCUCCCAGAAUCCAUAGGCAACCACAGCAAUUUGAUGAUCUUGGAUCUCAAGGAGUGUCACAAUCUGGAGGUGCUUUCAGGGGAGAUAGCCAAACUAACGAAACUCGUGUACUUGGAUCUUUCUGACUGUUAUCUGCUACCUGCCAUGCCCAAGGGGCUAUCCGCACUCUCAGAACUUCGAGUCUUUAAGGGGUUUGUAAUUAGUAAUUCGCAAAGUAGAAGCUCUGUCGGUUCUUUAGAUGAUUUGAAAGAAUUGACAAAGCUGAGGAAACUGACCAUCAAUUCAAGUAGUAAGGACUUCCCCACAGACGAAGAUCUUUGUGCCCUCCAAAAGCUUGGAGAAAAAGUACUUCGAAAGCUAACAAUAGCAUGGGGAGCAGAUCCAAAUAAAGGGUCUAAAACAAGAGAUUCUAAGAAUGGCAAAGCAGCCAAACAAGUAGAUCACCAAGGAAAGGCACCCAAACUAGCUGAAAAGCUAGGAAGAAUACUCGGAUCAAAAAAAUUAAUGAGAGGUGUGGAAAGCCAGGAAGAACACAAAGAUCCGAUAGAAAAUGCACCAGCUAGACAGCAAGAAGUAACUUUCAAAUCAGUAACAAUGAACAAUCCUCCGACACCUCCAAUAUUGAAACUUGAGAAGCUGGAUCUUCAGUGUUUCCCCAAUCCUGCAGCGAAAUGGCUAACACCUGAUUCUUUGCCAGACUUAGAGAAACUCUACAUAAGAGGUGGAAGCCUUGAAACUUUGGACAAAAGAAAGUGGUCGAAAGUUAAGAUUUUACGUUUGAAGUACUUGCGUGAAGUGAAGAUGACUUGGCUAGAACUGGGCGAAUCUUUUCCAAAAUUGGAAUACUUGGAGAAAGUCAAAUGCCCUGGGAUUACACUCUGCCCUUGCGACGAGCAUGGAGUUUGGAUGAAUAACAUUUGA